GUCACGAGACCACCACGCAGUUUCACAUAGUUCUAAGAACUUUCGGUAUUUAUUACCACGUCUUGGGUUUUAUGAUGUUUGUGUCAAAGUUUUGUACGAUUUUUCUAGUUUUGGAGGCGACGUUUUUCACUUCAAACGUCUGUGCUUUCAGCAAAAUGGUUAAACUGGAAAGUGUUUUCCGUUUUGCCAACAUAUAUGGUGAUCAUAUGGUUCUGCAGAUGAAACCUUUUAGUGCAGUGGUAUGGGGAUUCGGUGAAAUAGGACAAACAGUUGAUGUCAAGUUGGGAGGUGAAGUUCAAACGACGGAAGUAGUGAAAGGUCCUGAAGGAUCAGGAGUAUGGAAGGUGACUUUAGAUUCUCGUGGUGCCGGUGGACCCUAUAACAUUACUGCUACUUCAAAAGUGGACAAUGUCAUGAAGACAAUAACUUUAGAGGAUGUUUUGUUUGGUGAUGUUUGGGUGUGUAGUGGACAGAGCAACAUGCAGUUUACAGUGUCUCAGGCAAUCAAUGCUUCAGAGGCAUCCAAAGAGGCAGACAAUUAUCCAGAAAUCAGAUUAUUUACUGCAAGUCUUAUUGAAUCUGAAACGCCUUUAUAUGAGCUUAAGGAAGUUGAACAGCCAUGGAGUGUUGCUUCAUCUGAAACUGUCAAUGGAGGUACUUGGAAAUAUUUCUCAGCUGUCUGUUGGUUUUAUGGCAAGAACCUUUAUGACCAGUUUAAGAGACCAUUAGGUUUAGUUGCCACUGACUGGGGAGGCACGCCAGUGGAAGCUUGGUCCUCACCAGAUGCCUUGCGAAAAUGCAAUGUAACUGGCAACAAAGUAGACAACUUAUACUUGUUGCCUGAAGAUGAGUCAUUCAAGGGGCCCCAGUCACACUCUGUGUUGUACAAUGCAAUGAUCCAUCCAUUUCUGAACAUGACCAUAUAUGGAGCAAUUUGGUAUCAAGGUGAAGCAAAUGCUGGAGCUCCAUAUAAUUACAACUGUACAUUUCCUGCAAUGAUUGAUGACUGGCGAUCCAAAUGGUUCUAUGGAACUGACGACCUCACAGACCCUGAAUUUCCUUUUGGAUUUGUUCAAUUGUCAGCCAAUGGAAAUGACUCAACCAUUGCAGAUGGAUUUCCUGUCAUUCGAUGGGCUCAAACUGCCAAUUAUGGCUAUGUGCCGAAUCUCAGGGAAACUAACGUAUUCAUGGCUGUGGCGAUGGAUUUGGGAAACGCCUCGUCACCAUAUGGCAGUGUCCACCCAAAUGAUAAACAAGACGUUGGGUAUCGUUUAGCACUUGCCGGACGAGCAGUUGCCUACGGGGAUCUGGAUGUGUACUAUUCUGGGCCAAUUGUAUCUGAUGUUAUAAUUACCGCUCCAGCAAAGUCUAACACAACAUGGAUUGCGACGGUGAAAUAUCAUCACGAAAGUGUGGGUUUAGGAGGAAUUGAACUGCGGUCAGACCACGGAUUCGAGUUCUACUGCGCGUUGCCUGGCCAAUCCGAAAUCACUCAGGCCAAGAUUGUCUCAAGCGACUUCAGCUCAGUGCACGUAACUGGGGACUGCCCCCAUGAGAUGUCUGUGCAAGGAAUACGAUAUGCUUGGUACACAAAGCCUUGUGAUUUUAAAAAGUGUGCUGUCUACAGCAAGGAAAAUGACCUACCGGGACCUCCUUUCACGUGGAAUGCGCCUGUUAAUUAAAGGAACGCUUUUCGAGAAAGUGCCGCCUCCAUGAAGAGGACAGUCAUCGAAACCAAGGAAAUGCAGUUGAUGCAUUUUUGAUGCUGAUAGAAUUGAAACGAUUUUCUUUGAUGUCAUUUUAAAGCUUAGCCAAUUGGAUUUUAAGUUAAACAAAUAACGUUUCAAUAAUCAGGAUGAUGAUAACACAAGUUCAUAUUGGGAUACGCAUGUAAUCAGUCGUACAGAUUUGACCAAAUAUUAGUUUUCGAUAUCAUUUGAAGUGAUGUAAAACAGUGUCUUUUAAUCUUAAUAUUUCAUUUAUAAAAGGUAAGUAAUUGAGUCAGAAGUCGGAUGAUCUGUAUAAUAAGCUGAAUAACACGCGCAUUUGGACUUUUACUUAUGAUCUAUUAGAGAACGGACGCACGGAUGACGUCACCAUUCACAAUUUUUACUCCAUUGUUAUGUAAACAAAUUGAUUCCUUGUUGCCAUGGGUCUGUACACUUACGGAUCACAGAAGACGUGGUAAGAAUAUCAGAGACACACUCAGCUGCACCUUGUAUGCCACGGUUUUAUUUUUACCUUACGUCAUUUUGACGUCAUCUGUGAUCUAUUAGUUAGCAGACGCGCGGUCACGUGGAGCCUAUUGGCUAAAUAGGUCAGUAGUCCUAAAAAAGACUACUUUGCAGCUUAACUUUUAAGUGUUAAUUAGAAAUGUAAUUGCUGACAUGAACAGAACAAAAUUCGCCGGUCUUUCAAUGAAAUAAACAGAGUAGAAUUGCUGU